AUGCCUGCCAAAACUGACAGGGCCUUUGUGCUGGUACUCUGUGUUCUGUACUUGUGGAAAGCUCUUGGACUUUUGCCGUGCUUCAGCUCGCCUGGAGGCAUCAGCAAAGCGUUCAAACGUGAGAAGGAGGGUAACCACGUUCCCCUCGAGCUUGGAGCCUUCGACCGUGAUGACAAUGUGCCAGAUCAAGACAAAGCCUUGAUGCAAGAUAUGAGAGCCGCUGCAAGUAAAGGGGACUGGUUUGCUGUGCAUGCUGCCUUUGCGAAAACAUGCCAGAACACUGCCGUGGUCUUCAACACCGCCAUGGCUGCUGCUCUGCGAUGUGACCAGUACAAGACCGGUAUCGACAUCUUCCGCAAGUUGGACCAGUCCAAUCUCAAAAAGACCCUGAAGAGCUACUGCUGCGCAAUUCGGCUGUACGCCGAGCGCGGGCAGUCUGCUGAAGUUCUAAGACUUUGGGACGACAUCCGAACAGAGGUGUUCUGGAAGCACGACGAGAGCGCUUGUUCGGCCAUGUGCGCCAUGCUGCAUGCUGUUUCGAAGACAGGGAACGAUUCGUUCGCUGCGAGCCUGUUGGACAACAUGGAGCGCCGGGGCAAAGCUCUCAAUGUUCUUGAUUGGAACCAGGCCCUUAACGCAUGCAAAAUUGCAGGAAAGGCGCACACUGCGGCAUACCUUUUCCAAUGA